GCACUGUUUUCUUCUGCUCACUGUCGUAGUAGCUACUUCACUUUUACCAUUACAAACAACAACCAUACAUAGUAGCAGCUACAAUAUCACAUUCACACAACAACACUAUCACUUCACUCUCAACUCCUCCAACAUCCACCAUGAAAAGCCACCACCAUCAUCAACCAAAACUCAAGACCCCACUCUUUUCUUGUGCCUUCUUCCGCCACUGCGCUCAAACCGUCCUCAGCCCCACCGCCACCGCCACUCACACCCCACCACUCCCUCUCACAACCCCACCUCCUCCAUUAAUCAAACCUUCAGAUCAAUGUGAAUCCUCCACCUCUUCCUCUUCUUCCACCACCAGCUUCACACAGUGGAGGUUCUCUCUCCCCACCACCCCCAACACCACCACCACACAAAAUGACAGUACUACACCCCCUCCUCCACCUUCACCUUCACCUUCCACCAUCACUAUCACCAUCCCCAACCUCCAAGAACUCUUCCACGUCUCGGAGCUCCAGCUCAGCACCGAUCCCACCGCCGCCCUCCACCUUCUAGAACGCUCCCUCGUCCCCAACCCGCCGCAGGACCAGCCGCCGUGUCCCCCCACCCUCAUGACCCACCUCAUCACCAACCUCAACUCCGCCACCAAGAUCCUCUUCGCCCUCUGCCUCUCCGACACCAACCGCCGCGUCGCCGUCGAGGCCGGGGCCGUCGGCGCCGUCGUGGAGUCAGCACCGGAGCUGGAAGGUCCACCGGCAGAGAGGGCACUCGCGGCGCUGGAGCUGAUGUGCACUGUGGCGGAGGGGGCGGAGGCGGUGAGGGCCCACGCUCUUGCCGUACCGGUGAUGGUAACAAUGAUGGGCAAGACUGGGGCGCGUGGGAAGGAGUACGCCAUCGGGGUGCUGGCGGUGAUAUACGGAGGAGCGGUGGCGGAGCAUAUGACGGCGCCGCCAGAGGAGGUGGCGCGUGCGGUAGAGCUGGCACUGCAAGGGGAGUGUAGCGCGAGAGGGAAGAGGAAGGGUGGGCAAUUAUUGAAGACACUGCUACACCACCACCUAGCUUAAUUAAUUAGCUUAGCUUGUUUUGCUUGUAAAUGUAGAAUAAUCAUCAUUAAUUAUCAUCCUUGUUAUUAAUUUGCUAAUUAAUUAAUUAAUAUUUGCUUUUUAUCC